AUGCUCAACGGCGAGCUGAAGGCCCGCGCUGACCGGCUGGCGCGGGAAGCCAAGGAGCGCUCCGACGCGGAGCGCCGGCGCCGCGAGAAGGAGCGGCUGCUAGCGGAGCGGCAGGCGGCGCGGCAGCGGGCGCGGGAGGAGGAGCAGCGGGCGCGGCGGCUGGCGGUGCUGGCGGCAGAGCAGGCGGAGGCCGAGCGCCGCGCCGCGGAGACAGAGGCGAACCGCGGCGUCUUCUUCCACGCGCAGCUGCAGGCCGCGCCCACGAGCGCGGCCGCCGCCGCCGCGCGCGGCAUACGGCGCGCGGCCGACAAGAUUGUGCUGCCCAGCAGCGCGGGGGCGGUGCUGAUGGCGCAGGAGGCGUACAAAAACGGGGUGGGCCGCCUGGGGGCUGGUUCAGGGGGCUGCGGGGGGCCCUGGGGGCGCGCGCCGCGCGACGCCUGGACGACUGCCCCGGGGGCCGGCAGGGCGGCGGGCGCGCAGGCGGGCGGCGCCAGGACACGCGGCUGCCAGGCUCACCCCGGGCGUGGGGCGUGGCGUGGAGGCCGCGCGGCGGCGAUGUUUUUCGAGGUCACCGCCCCAAACGGCGCCCGCACCCACGCCGGCGUCCUGGAAUUCAGCCCAGAAGUGCCUGAGGGUGUAGUACUGUUACCCGACAAGGUGCAGGACAGCCUCUGGGGCCUGCAGCAGCUGCCCGGCAGCCACCCACACGCCGCAGACGCCGACCCCGCCGCCGCCGACGCCGACGCGAAAGCGGGCGUCCCCGGUGGCGGCGGGAGCGAAAGCGGCGGGGCGGGCGAAAGCGGCAGGUGCGCGGGGCGCGUGCGCGUGGCGUACCGGCGGCUGGAGAAGGGCAGCUACGUGCGGCUGCAGCCCGAGCUGAGGGCGUUUCAUGAAGAGGUCGGGGCGGACCCCGACGCGAUGAGGGGCGCGCUGGAGGGCGCGCUGCACGCGGUGUGCGCGCUGACAGAGGGGGACUGG